GGACGUUUCGGUCCGAACCGGCCAACUUGUUUUUCUCUCUUUCUCCUUCUCUCUCUGCCCCUCUCGGUUUGUGUCCGCUUUGUUCGCGGGCCAAAAGGGCCACCGCCCGCGCACCGCACCGGCGCAUCGAACGCGCACCGUGACCGUUAGCGCACCGGUGGAGAAAGGAGAAACGCGGGCCACACGGUCGGGGCCCGUCCGUUAGCCACAGUUUUCGGGCCUCUGUCUAGAUUUGCGUGCCCCAGCCCCAUCGAUCGAUCAACCGAUCGGAUCGGAUAGCGUGCGUGCCGUGCGUUGCGUUGUGUGUGUACAAAUUAAUCGCCACCGACACUCCGGUCCCGCCGUGCCCGGAGUGAUGCUGGAGUGAAGUUGUAUGUGCAACGGAAAGGAGCAGCAUCUCGAGUCCGAGUAACAUUGUCGCCUUUAAUGAGCCAUCCCGUCGUCGCCGUCGCCGUCGUCGUUGUCGUCAGGUCUUUGCCGCUCCGGAAAAGAAGAUGAGUCAGUACUACUUUCCGAUCGUGUUCGUGUUCCUGUUGGAGAUUCUCCGGCUGGCACAAUCGCAUCCCUUUCUGUUCAACUCGGGCGGUGGGCAGCACCGGCGGUCGCAGGUGGAAUGGAAAACGCCCGCCGACAACUGGACGGCUGAGGAGGCACCGAGAAGCGUCUUUCCGCUGCUGCAGAACCAGUUCAAUCGGCACCAGCUACCACCGACCGGCGAUCGGUUCGCGGUGCUCGAGGGCGACGAGGAUGAACAGAGCUUGCGGCGGAUGCACGAGGCGCGCGAGAACGCGACGUCAGCGCGGACACUGUUCUCGUACAACAAGGAAGAGUCCCACCUACCGCCGCUGCUGACGAAGACGAUCAAGUACUUCAACCUGCAGCAGGUUGCGUUCGAGCUGGAGACGAGCGUGAUGUCGCAGGUGUCGUGCACGGCGUGCAAGGCCGGGGCCGGCCUGCUGCAGCACUACAUCCGGACGGGCAAGAGCAAGGAGGAGAUCAUCAAAAUGAUCUACCAGUACUGCGUCAACCUCAAGAUCCAGUCGGCGCGCGUCUGCGAAGGCGUCAGCCAGCUGUUCGGCGUGGAGGUGAUCUACGUGCUGAAGCGCAUCACGAUCGGGCCGGACGAGAUCUGUAGCUUCAUCAUCGGCGACGCCUGCGGUGACAUCUACAAUCCGUACCACGAGUGGGAGGUAGAGUUCCCGCCUGUCACGAAGCCCGAACCGCGAGAGCUCGAUCUGCCCAAGGAGGCGGUGCCCGUGUUUAAGGUCCUCCACCUGUCGGACACCCACUUUGACCCGUACUACGCCGAGGGCUCGAACGCGGACUGCAACGAGCCGCUGUGCUGUCGGUUGACGAACGGGCGGCCCACCACACCGAACGGAGCGGCCGGCAAGUGGGGCGACUACCGGAAGUGCGAUACGCCGCAGCGGACGGUGGAACACAUGCUGAGCCACAUCGCCGAGACGCACUCGGACAUUGACUUCAUCAUCUGGACGGGCGACCUGCCACCGCACGAUGUGUGGAACCAGACGAAGGAGGAAAACCUGAAGGUCCUCAAGGAGACAGUGACGCAGAUGACGGACAAGUUCCCGGGAAUUCCGAUCUUCCCGGCCCUGGGCAACCACGAGAGCGCUCCGGUCAACAGCUUCCCGCCGCCGUACGUCCAGCAGGUGGACAGCUCGAUCGCCUGGCUGUACGACGAGCUGGACGUGCAGUGGCGCCGGUGGCUGCCGGCCAGCGUCUCGCACACGGUGCGCCGCGGUGCGUUCUACUCCGUGCUGGUGCGGCCCGGGUAUCGGAUCAUUUCGCUCAACAUGAACUACUGCAACAACAAAAACUGGUGGUUGCUGCUCAACUCGACCGAUCCCGCCACCGAGCUGCAGUGGUUCAUCUACGAGCUGCAGAGUGCCGAGUUUGCCAACGAGAAGGUGCACGUAAUCGGGCACAUUCCGCCCGGCCACUCGGACUGUCUGAAGGUGUGGAGCCGGAAUUACUACAAAAUCAUCUCGCGCUACGAAAGCACCAUCACGGCCCAGUUUUUCGGCCACACGCACUUCGACGAGUUCGAGGUGUUCUACGAUCCGCACGAUCUGGGUCGGGCCACGAGCAUCGCGUACAUCGGCCCGUCGGUCACACCGUACAACGAUCUGAACCCGGGCUACCGGAUCUACUACAUCGACGGUGAUCACGACGAAACGACGCGGCUGGUUGUUGACCACGAGUCGUGGAUCAUGAACCUGAAGGAAGCGAACCUGUACGACUACCCGAUCUGGUACAAGCUGUACUCGACCCGUGCCGCCUACGGGAUGAAGGGCUUGCGGCCCGCCGACUGGAACACGCUGAUCAACAACAUGACGGACAGCAAGGAAAUGUUCGAUCUGUACUACAAACACUAUUGGAAAAACUCUCCGGUCAAACCGGAGUGCGACUACGAGUGCCGCAAGCGCAUCCUGUGCGACGCCAAAAGUGGUCGAUCGCACGACCGCAAGUACUUCUGCGAGGACGUCGAGGCCAAGAUCGACGAGAGCAACAAAGGCUGGAAGGAUUGGUUGCUGAGUUCGAUCAGCUCUUCCCGCGUGCGGGAUCAGGAUCGGGAAUCAACGGCGCACGACGCACGGCUGAUCGAGGAAGCUUACGAGCGCAACAAGGCGCGGCCCAGUGUAGAGCGUGCCCCGCUGGCUGAUCGCCAUUAAGCCCCGGCGCUCGAUGGCGCAGUGCUAACCCCCGUUAAUGGUUCUGGAGGACUAAUCGCUAAUCAGUGUUGGGCGUGGGUCACGCGUAUGUAUAUAAUCAAUGUCUUCCCGUUGGUGGAAUCAAUAAAAAGUGCAAUCAUAAAUCCGCUUCCGAUGGAAGGAAGGGGCCACAAGAGGUGUGAGUUCACUCGAUGGGAUUCGCUUGGAUUUGCACACAAAACUUGCACGAAAAGCAUUCCGCUUCCUUUCCGCUAAUCGAUUCCGGCCCACCCUUUCGACAGCCUUUCCUACGCCAUCCACGGGAUAACGAGCAUAUUUUGGCGCAAGCGAUGACGCGGCCUCAGAGUAAUCCGGUGCAUCCGGUGCAGCGCUUCCAGUCUCUCCUAAGCCUCAUAACCUGCCCUUGGAACAUCCGCAUCGGAGUUUUCGCGAAGUGAUCUACCGCCAGUGUGUCUGUCCGUAACCAUUUUCUGUAGAAGUUUGUAGUGCGCACUCGAAAUGCGCCUCUGAACCUCUCCCAGAGGGGUCGAGUCCUCGAGCAAGUGAUGUUGUGAUAAACGAAAUGAUAGAAUGGCACACGUGUCGAACCAUUUGCACGGCGCGAGCAGUUAGUUGAUUAGCAAUCGGAAGCAGCAGCAGCAGCAUCAAGACGUUAGCGUCUUCGAUGAAUCAUACAGGACGACGUAUAUUUUAAACGUAAUUCAAUCCAGCGUCACGCGGGGCGCUAAAAGGGCGCCUAGUCUGUAAAUAGAACCGAGUCGAGUCGAGUCUCACCAAAAUAAAUUAUUUAAUUGA